AUGGCUCCUCCAGCACUUCGUCCCGAGAAUGCUCUCAAGAGAGCUGAAGAGCUAAUCACGGUCGGCGAGCCCUUGGCUGCGCUACAAUCGCUGUACUCGUAUUUGUCGAUGAGAAGAAUCCGUUUCGCUCAACCUCAAGCGUUGGAACCAAUUGUAUUCAAGUUCUUGGAACUUGGUGUCAACUUGAAAAGGGGUAAAAUCAUCAAGGAUGGUUUGCAUCAGUACAAAAAAAAUAUGCAAGUGAGUCCCGAGGGCUUGAGCUCCGUAGGAGUUGUUUCCCGUAAGUUUAUCGACUUGAUCGAAAUCAAGAUGGCUGAAGAACAGACGAAAUCGGAAGAGUUGGAACAGAAUGAUGCCGAUGAAGAUCUAGAAGGUGGUGUCACACCCGAAAACUUGCUCAUUUCUGCUGCCGAAGAAGAACAGUCCGUUGCUGGGUUCAACGAUGAAGCCAUUACCUCUUGGCUCAGAUUCACCUGGGAGUCGUACCGUGCGGUUUUGGACCUGGUCAGAAAUAACUCGCAAUUGGAACAUACCUAUUCGGGUGUCGUAAACAGAACCAUGAACUUCUGUUUGAAGUACAACCGUAAAAACGAGUUCAAGAGACUUGCCGAAAUGCUACGUCAGCAUUUGGACUCUGCCAACUACCAACACAAGCCAGCCGGCGCUCAGCAGAAAUACAACAACUACACUGUUGACUUGUCAGACGCCAGCACUUUGCAAAGAUACCUAGACCAACGUUUCCAACAGGUCAACGUUUCUGUCAAGCUGGAAUUGUGGCACGAGGCGUUCAGAUCGAUUGAGGAUGUCCAUCACUUGAUGGCAAUCUCCAAACGCGCCCCAAAGCCUCCCGUGCUUGCAAACUACUACGAGAACUUGGCCAAGAUUUUCUUCGUGUCCGGCAACUACUUGCUUCACGCUGCUGCCUGGGAGAAGUUCUACAAACUAUAUUUGACUAACCCUAAGGCCACAAAAGCUGACUUCCAGUUCUACGCUUCUACGUUUAUGCUUGCCAGUUUGUCUAUUCCUGCGGAUGACUUGCCAGUUGUUGGUUACGACCCAUUGAUUCGUUUGUGCAACUUGCUAAGCCUGGAAUCAAAGCCCACAAGACAGCAGUUGGUUGGUUCAGCCACUGAGGAGUCCGUCUUCUCAGAAAUUGACGACGAAGUCAAACAAUUGUACUCUCUCCUAGGCGAGAACUUCGACAUCAAGACCGUGAGCGGCGAACUGGAAAAGUUGUUGCCAGUGCUAGAAAACAAGGCCUACUUCCAAUCCUAUGUUACGCCUUUGAGAAAUGUAAUUAUCAAAAAGCUAUUCAUUGGCAUUUCAGAGGCAUACGAAUCCAUUCAAUUUGACGAAUUGGUGUCUUUGGUUACAUUGCCCGGCCCAUUCGCACUGUCAAAAUUGCAAAUCGAGAAGUUUUUGAUGCAAUCUGCCAUGGAAGACUACGUUACUUUCACCAUUGACCACGAAAGCGGCGCUGUCACUUUCAGCAAAGAUCCAUUCGAGGCUUUGUCUGCGAGCACAACAGUAACCUCUGUUGCUGACGAGGAAGCAGACGAAGACUUGGACGAAUCGGCCAACACCCCAGAAGGUGAGGAAACCGAGGUCGAAAAUGAGCGGGAACCAGUGGUCACGCGUAAUGCCGCUAUCCGCGCUCACUUGAGCGAUCUAUCUAAGCUUCUAAGAGAAGUCGAAGGUUUUGCGGAUGGUUCUUACAUGUACAAAGUCAAGAUUGCUCGCGAGAACUUGAUUCAGCAAUCCAAUGAGACCAUCGCUCGCGAAAGAAAGGCCGCCGAAGAGAGGGCCAAGCAGAUCGAAGAAAGAAAGAAGGUCGAAUCCGGCAGACACUUGACUGCUGAACAGGCCGCCGAGGAACGUCUAAGACGCAUGAUGGAAGAAAAGGCCGCUGCUGACAUCAGAAUGGAAAGUGAAGCCAAGCGUCGUGCUGAAGAGAAGCUUGAGCGUGAAAAGGCUUUGGUAAGAGAAGCCGAGAUGGUCAAGUUGAUUGAAGAGGUUAACGCUAAAGGCAUUAUUCACGUCGACCUAAAGGACGCCAAGACUUUGACUGCCGAGGACGUGAGAAGAAUGACCAUUGAGCAACUGUCGAAGGACAAGAAGGACUUGGAAGAUCGUAUGAAGAACGCUUUCAAGAGAAUCGAUCACAUGGAAAGAGCUUUCAGAAAGGUCGAGCUGCCGGCUUUGGAAAAGGAUGCGGAGAGUCAAGAGGCCCGGGACUUGACUAGCUACGAAAAGACGAGAAGUAAGCUGACGGAGGCGGCUAAGAAGGACCACGAGGAGAACGUCAAGCUGCAUGAACGUCUUCUAAAGAUCAACGGUGACUACCAAAAAUUCAAGGCCGACCUUCUAUCUACAAGAGGUGCUGAACUGGCGAAAGCGCGUGCCGAAGGCAUUGCCAAGUUUGAGGCUGCUAAGAAGGCCCGCAUCGAGGAAGUCCGUCAACAACGUUACAACAAGAUGGUGGAAGAACGGAUGGCCGAGAUCAAAGCCAAGGAAGAGGCUGAGCGCAUCGAAAAGGAGCGUGAAGAACGUGCCAGAAUCAACAAGGAGAAGGAUGAAUUGUAUUUGAAGCAAAGAGAAAGAGAAGAAGCUAUCGAGAGACAGCUUGCGGCCAAGAGCUCCCAAGCUCCACCUGCGGCUGUAUCAACGGAAAAACUAUCUUUUGCUGAAAGAAUGAAGCUCAAAAGACAGGGUGUGCCCGAUUCUGGUGCCGCACCUGCUGCGAGAUCUCCUGCACCAGCACCCGCUCCAAUUCCCGCACCAGUUCCAGCAGCAGCCCCAGCCCCGGCACCUGAAAAAGCUGAACUAACUUUUGCUGAGAAGAUGAGACUAAAGAGAGCUCAAAGAUAA